AUGGCUAAUCGUACGGUAAAAGACGCUAAAAACGUUCAUGGCACGAAUCCACAAUAUUUGAUUGAAAAAAUUAUUCGUUCUCGCAUUUAUGACUCUAAAUACUGGAAAGAACAAUGCUUUGCGCUAACCGCAGAGCUACUGGUAGAUAAGGCGAUGGAGUUGCGUUUUGUUGGUGGUGUCUUUGGAGGUAAUAUCAAACCAACGCCGUUUCUAUGCCUCACCCUGAAAAUGCUGCAAAUUCAACCAGAAAAGGAUAUCGUAGUAGAGUUCAUUAAGAACGAGGAAUUUAAAUAUGUCCGGGCGCUGGGGGCAUUUUAUUUGCGACUUACCGGAUCGUCUUUGGAUUGUUAUAAAUACCUGGAACCGCUGUACAACGAUAAUAGGAAAUUACGGAAGCAAAAUCGUAUGGGUUCGUACGAGUUGAUGCACAUUGACGAGUUUAUCGAUGAACUUUUGCGAGAGGAACGUGUUUGCGACAUUAUUCUUCCGCGUAUUCAAAAGCGAUUCGUUUUGGAGGAAAACAAUGAAAUAGAAGCAAAAGUAUCUGCCUUGGAAGACGAUUUAGAUGAAGAAAUGGCUAGUGAAGAUGAAGCAUUAGCGGACGAAAUGCUUCCGCCAAAGGAAAUUAAAACGGACGUUUUGAAGCUGAAAGAAAAACCUGUCGCAGGAGUACAUAAGCGAAUCGAACGCUCCUUAUCGCGGGAACGGCAGCCUGUUGAACGAUACCGGAAUCCAGAAAGCAAUCGGCAACAUCGUGAUCGAGAAAACGAUCGGGAACGUGAUCGUAUUCGGUACAGAGACACAACUGCAAGGCGCGAUUUUCGUGACUCUUACCCGGAUCAUCGAGAUCGUUUAAAAGAACGCGAGCUCCGAGAUAGAGAACGAGAACGGCAUCGACGUCACGAAAGACAAGAAGAGCGGGAACGAGAAAGGCGUAGAGAAAAGAACGAACGUGACCGCCGGCGUAGAGACGAGGAUACGCUAAGUUAUGAACGAGAGCGAAACCACGACCGAGAUCGACAAAGACGUUAGAAAACAUUUUUUUGUACAAAGUUAUACGCCAAGAGAUACAUUUAUUCAACUAAGCACAUCAAUUAAACGCGGAGUUUCGU